AUGAAGGCAGCUGAAGCACGCACUGUGGAACCCUUACAGCUUGGUCAGAUGUGGAAGACACCACUGCAUCCUGGACUAUCAUCAGUCAUCCUUACAUCAGUCGUCCUUACUUUUGUCUUUCCACUGGAUUUUGAAGACUCUCAAAGGGAGAAGCACAAUUCCUCUGGAGAAACAGACGUCACUCCUGGGCUGCUCAUAAAUGAAAAUUCUUUGGGGGAGAGGGAAGAAGAAAAACCUUUGUUCCCCAUUGCCUCGCAGAACCGCGACCCGGCUGCUGCUAGUGCCGCCGCAGCGUCCCGUAAGGGGGCCGAGCCUGGGGUGGGCGCGGCCCGCAGAUCCGUGGGCAAGAGGUUACAGCAGGAAUUGAUGACCCUAAUGAUGUCUGGACACAAAGGAAUUUCCGCCUUCCCAGAGUCUGACAAUUUCUUCAAAUGCGCUGGGACCAUCCAUGGGGCUGCUGGGACAAUAUAUGAAUACCUGAGGUACAAGCUCUCCCUGGAAUUUCCCAGUGGCUACCCAUAUAAUGCUCCCACUGUGAAAUUUGUCACACUUUGUUACCAUCCUAAUGUGAAUACCCAAGGCAAUAUCUGUUUGGACAUCCUCAAGGACAAGUGGUCAGCUCUGUAUGAUGUCAGGACCAUUCUACUAUCUAUCCAGAGCCUGCUGGGAGAACCCAACACUGACAGCCCAUUGAACAUACAUGCUGCUGAACUUUGGACAAACCCCACAGCCUUUAAAAAGUACCUGCUGGAAACCUACAUGAAGCAGGUGACUACCCAGGAGCCCUGA